UUUUUAUUCUUUUUACUUUUACAACCUCGCGUCACCCUGCCUCCUUCAACUCGUAAAUCCUUCACGACGUCCAUUUUACGUCCCCAAACAGCCACGUCUCUGUCGCCUAGUUCUUCUGUCAGCGUCAGAAUGGCUCAACCUUCUUCUUCUCAUCGUGACCGUGACGAGCAUCGACAACACCGUAGCGAACGCUCAUCUCACCAUCACCAUCGAACAGUCUCUUCUACCACACUUCUUCUCGUCUUGUCGCUAGUUCUCGCAGUCCUCGCAAUUAUGCUUUCUCUUCCUUCCAAUGCUGCUAGCACGAACCCUGCAGAUCCAACUACAUCAGGUGUUUGGAACUAUCUUACGCCGAAACGUACCCAGGCCUUAAUCGCUCGGGAGAGUGCCGUCGCUGUGCGUGAAGCUGAGGUCGCUCGUCGAGAGGCUGAGCUUCUCGCUGGUGCCCCAGGCGGUGUUAUUGCGACGCCGUCCCCUGUCUUGUGUCCUCCUUGUAUGGCAGCUACCACAGUCGAAACCAUCACUGGACCUAUACAGACUGUAAUCAAGGAAAUCGUCAAGGAGGACUCUCUUACGCCGCCUGGAUGGUCCAGUCCUCGAUUUGACGAUAUUUUAGAUCGUGAGCUCAAAAUUGCCGAAAGAGAGCGAGAAAUCAGCAAGCGUGAAGAGGGUGUUAACAGGAGAGAGCAUGAUGCUUCUCGUCGAGAGAGCUGGAUUAUGGAACAACUAAUAGCUCUCGGAAAUGAUAGUCCUGCCGUCGAAGAGGAAUACGUCUACGAGCCAGUGGGGUCCAAGCGUAAACCCAAGUAUCAGGAGCUUCCUCCGUUGGUCAUUUCCGAAGUACAAUACGAAACUGAAACGAAAACUGUCACCCAGACGUCCUACGUUCCUUCCCCAUCUGCCACUCGUGUCGUGGCAUUCCCUACACCAGAGGCUGUAGAGAUGCCCCCAACCACCUCAAUUCCUCGGACCACCGCAGUUGAAUACAUUACGGAGGAAGACGUGCCUGUUAUGGUUCGUGCUCGGCCAACCGCACGUCAGGCUCCCGCAAAAUGGUUCCCUGGCUGGUAGACUUGGCUUGGCCUGAAUGUUUUCUAAUGUCUCGUAACGUUGUUAGUGUAAUGAUCUACGUGCUUGCUUGCUUGUUUCCUUAUUAUUUCUUGAUCAAUUUUUUUUACUUACUAUACGCUCGAACCUCCUUCCAUCUCUAUUUUCUCGCGGAACCUACACCUUUUUUAUGCUUCCUUUACACUGACUGCUAGCUCGCCUGCUCUUGUCUUUCACUUUGUUGGCUUGGAAGUACUUGCUCUUUAUCCUUUUUAUACUCCGAAAUCCUUUUCUCUGAUUUUUCUACUUAUGAUAUGAGUACUUACGGCUACAAAGAUAGAUGACUGACGACUUUACUUACCGUUCAAUGAUGUAAGUAAUGUAGGUUAUGGUAGAACCCAUAUGUAUCAUCUCUCCUUCGUCCCUGAAAUCGAUUUUGUAUUUAGGCUA